GAGAAGUCAGAAAGAUUUCAUGAUAAUAAAGAUAAUAAAAGCAUAACCAGUGGUGAAGGUGAUUUAUCAUUGUGCAAUAAAAGUACUAAUAAAGGUGCAACCAGCUUCAGAACUUCACAACUUCCAAGACAGAAUACUGUGUCAAAAAUACAGGAUAUGCAGGAGGAGGCACAAAUCUUAGAAUCCCAAAUGGAAGAAUUACGUAGAAAGCAGACGAAUGCAGAGGAGCAGCAUAAGAAAGACAUAGAAACAAUUAAAUUACAACAAGAAGUGUUAAAUGGCCAUAUUGAGAAAUAUCAGUCUGAGAUUCAAAGUCAUGAACAACAAAUUGAGGAGCUAACAAGAAACGCAGAAAAAUUAACCAAGAGUCAUAAUGAUAAAGUUGAUUUAUUGGAACAGGAAAAAACUAAACUCAGUUCUUGCAUUAAUAGUUUUGCUAAUAAACUUGCAGAAUCUGAGAAGAGAUUGAAACAAGUAAUCACUGAAAGUGAUGCACGGGUGGAUGUUAUGAUCAGAGAAGCAAAGACUGCUAUAGAGGAAGAAAUGCGACUGACCGCGGAGAGGUAUAAAAAGUAUUUGGCUCAAAUAGAGAAGGAACGAUCAGAAUUGGACAAAAAAUUAGUGCGAAAUGACGUUGAAAUUAACAGACUUUUAGCAAUUCUUGAGGAGCUUAAAUUUUCCGUAGAGACUCAGGAAAGCUGUGGCCAAAGUUUGCAGAUGGAGCUAGAUCGAGCAAAGAUUGAAUUAACAGAGAAGAAGGAAGGAUUAAUAUUUCUGAAGGAUCAGAUUCGUACGGAGGCGGCGGAAAUGGAGAUCAGAAAAAAGAGACUGGAAGUUAUAAUAGCAGAAAAUAAAGCAUCAGUUGAUACCUUAACUAAACAUUUAACACAAGGUAAUGCUGACGAAGAAAGCUUGAAAUAUGAACUGGAACUCGGAGAAGAUUGUAUAAAUGAGUAUCGCGAUUUACUGACUGGUAUGCGCAAUAUUUCAAAAGAAAUACAUGUACAGACACAUGUUUUAAUGAAACAGUUCGAUGCUAGCAAGCAGUUGGUAAUCCUGUUGGAAUCAGAAAGAAUAAAUGUAAUCGAAUUGAUCAGAUCUGUAUUUGAAUCUAAAAUCGAAGAUGUGAAACGAUUAACAACGAAGGAAGUAACGCAGUUUCAAGCCGACUGUGAAGCAAAAGAUGCUCAAAAUGCCGAGAUGAAAAAUCAACUUCGCAAAAUGGCCGAUCGUCUAAGUGAAAUGCAAAAUAUGUUGCAUACAUUGGAGAAGAAGAGUGAUGCGCAAGAACUUGAGAUUUCUAGAAUGGAAUUGAUACACCGUAAACUCAAUGAACGGUUAAAAGAAAGUGAAACAGCAAUGGUGGAAACUAAUAAAUUUCUGGAAGCUGAAGUGGUAAAGCAUCAAGCUGCUUUAAAUGAGGCAAGUACUAGAAUUGAAGAACUUUCUAACACGAUUGAAGUUCUCGAGGAAAAAGGUGUUGGUGCCAUAGAAGACAAGACUGAUUUACUCGAAGAAGAAAGAGCUCGACGAGAAGCAGCCGAAGAAGAAGUCAGAAAACUUCGUGAAUAUAACGCGCAUCUGAAAAAAGAUCAUGAGGAGAUGAGUGAAAAGUAUGCUGAGCUGAUUGGCCAUCAAAAUCAUAGACAAAGAAUUAAGCAUGUAUCCCAGUUGAAAGAUAAAAUUAAUCAACUAGAAGAGGAUUUACGACUGAAAGGAAAAAAAAUAGAACAGCAGCAGAAAAUUAUCGAAAGGAUGAAGUCAGAAGUGUGCCAAGUAAGAUUAAGGAAAGUUUUAUAG